AUGGACCAGCUACGACUUGAAUUUGCAGUGUUGCCAGCGAGUGAUGGAAAGUCAAAUAUAUAUUGUGUAACCUCCAUAACGACAAGAGAUGAAAAAGUGUUUGCUAUUCCAGAAGAAUUACAAUCUGCUAGUUUUCAUAAAGAGUUGAUAAAGACAGCUGCGUACAAUAAAAUAAAAAAUAGUUUAAAAAAAAGACAUCAGACGAGAAAAAUUUGGAUUACAAUGACAAAUGAACUAAGUAACGUGUACAUAGAUGAAGAUGGUAAUCUACAAUUUGGAGAUCAAUAUCUCGAAGAAAUUGAACAAAAGAAAGCAUCUGGUAAUUUAGUAAAAAAUACAGAUUCAUUGGAAAAAUUAUUUACAAAAUUUAUUGAAAGCUCACAAGAUUUAAAAAAACAGAACCUGAAAUAUAUUGCAGAAAAGUUUAUAAUUGAAAGAUUUACAAGUAAAAAUACUAACCCAAGCCAAUGGAUUGAUGUUUUUGAAAAAGAAUGUUUACGUUUCGAUAUUACGGAAGAUGAGAAAAAAAUUGAGAUACUCAGACUAUUCAUGGACAAAAGUUGCGCUGAUUGGUAUAGUUCUAUGAUUAUAAAAUUAACACUGAACUCAGAGUGGUCUAUAUGGAAAAAUAAAUUCUGUGAAUCAUUUGCAAAUCAAGGCUGGAACCAAGUGACUUAUGCGUUGUUAUUUAAGUACAAGGAUGGUUCAUUGGUGGAUUAUGCUAUAAAAAAAGAAAAACUUUUACUGGACAUGAGAACAUCAAUAGAUACAGGUACUCUAGUGGAUCUAAUUGCAGCUGGAUUGCCAGGCUUUGUUCUAGAAAAGAUAAAUAGACAAUCAAUGGAAGAUACAGUUGACUUAUUCAAUGAAGUAAGAAAGUAUGAACAUUUGAUGAAUAAAAAUAAGAAUGGAACCUACACGAGAUACGAAAAUCAGAAGAUACAUAACAAAAUUGAGGAACGUACUGCAUGCAAAAUAUGUGAACGGUUAAAUAAAGAGAUAUAUGGAGUGUAUGAUUCAGGUUCGAAUGUUUCUCUAAUUAAUUCAAAAUUACUAAAAUUAAAAAACGAGAAUAAUAAUGUAAAUGAACAAAAUUUAGUUACAAUUAAUGGUGUUAAAAAAACUUGUGGUUUGACGAAGCUAAAAAUUAAAAUUUUCGAAAUAGAAGAAAAAGUAGAUGUUUACAUUAUCGAUGAUGCGCAUUUCAGAUAUGAUUUUUUAAUAGGAUUAGACAUGAUAAAAACAUACAAGAAGAAAAAAUUUAGAAGCAGAUUGUUUAAGCCGAAACCCCGUGUUGGAACCAGAAGAAAAUAUAGAAGAUCAAUUAAAAAUGCUACAAUCUUACCAAAUGAGCUAAGUGAAGACUGUAUACACAGUGACUGGAUCAGAGAUAAAGAAAGAGCUCUUAAUAAUACUCUGAAAUCACACUACUAUAGCAAAAUGUGCUAUGAUGCAAAAAGAAAAAAUAGAGAAUUUAAAGUUGGAGAUAUGGUUUAUGUCGAAAAUGGGAAUAAAUUAAAUCGAAAAAAAACUAGAACUACGAAUAGGACCAUAUAA